AUGUCUCUUCUUCUGCGUUCUUUCCUUGUCCUUGUGCAAGCAUUCUGUAACCAGAUCGCAUUUACUCCACCUAAUAAAACGCCAGCAAAAUGGCGCUAUCACACUGAAGAGGCAUCCGUUUUGCAAGUUGCUCCAUUGAUCUUCAAGGUCCACACAAUAAUUCUAUGGUUGAGUGCUUCAUAUGAAGCAAUUUCGACAAUCCACUAUUUUUGUGGAUCGUUGUUGUCAACGCAGUCGUCAGGUCGUCUCGACUCAGUAUUAUGUCCUGCACAGCGCACGCAACAUUUAGUCACUCCCGUGUUCUUACUCGGAGUCAUGAUGGCUGCUCUCGGGAUGUUCAUCCGUGUGCGCUGUUUCCACGAGCUCGGCCACUUGUUCACCUUCGAUCUCACCCUGUACCCUGGGCACAAGCUUGUGACAUCUGGAUUUUACAAAUAUGUCCGGCACCCAGCGUACACUGGCUCCUUGUUGUUGGUUGCGGGUAUUGCCUUCUCGCAUCUAACUCCCGGGAGCUGGGCAAUCGAAUGUGGCAUCCUCGGACCUUUCAGCUCCGCAUUGCUAGGGGCUAUGUGGUGGGUUUGGGCGUUGUCAGUAGGUGUGAGCCGUGCGUACGCAGAGGAUGGUGAGCUUCGUAAAUUAUCCGCGUCAGAGUGGGAUGCAUAUGCUGCCGAAGUAAAGUUCUGGUUUGUGCCGGGAUUGCUGUGA